AUGGAGCAAUUUGUAGUAGAUGAUCUUCUAAUUAAGCUAAUGGCGAAAAGAAAGGAAGUUAUGCACAAUUUAUACUCGGAGUACAGCCAGAAGAUAGAAGUAUUUCUGUCUAAUAAUUUAGAAGUGCAUGGUAUAAGUAUAAAUGCAUACUUAGAAAGCAUAGACAGAAAGAACAAAGAGCUGCAGGAAAAGAAAGAGAGAGAAUUACAAGAAAUAAGGGAGAAGAAAGAGCGAGAAGAAAGAGAAAGGAAAGAGCGAGAAGAAAGAGAAAGGAAAGAGCAAGAGGAAAAAGAAAAAAUGAAGAAAGCGCUACAAGAAAAGAAGGAGAAAGAUAUGGGGAAAAAAAGAAAGAAUGAUAAGAGCACAGACGCAUCUAGUAAGAGAAGAAGGUCAAUGAUAGUUACAUUUGACGAUAUGUCAUUCUCAUUCGGAAAGGAUGAGCUAGAGCAGUUAUCUGGGCAGGAUAAGUCGGUUGAUCCUGAAGUAAAGAAUAUUCUUGUAAAAAUGAAUGACUUAUUCAAGCAGCUUGGAAAAACAAAGAAGUAA